GAGUAGCGGAAGAGCCGUGAAUGGCCGUUAUGGAGCAUUGGAACUGGGGAAUGGGCUGCACGGGCUUCCUAGUCAACGACCGUGUCCCGCAUGUUCCAAGCAAGGGCCGCAUGCUUCCAAGGUUCUGAGGUUCCAAGGUUCCAAGGGCCGCAUGUUCUAGGACGGCUCCGAAGAGGCGCAUCAAGGCGCCUUGUCCGCGGCCAACACAAAGUAACGGUGUCCCAACUGAGCCCACGAAUCUGCGACAAAGGCGACAAGAGGCAAGGAGGCGUCGCGCUUCGCGGACACGGGAUCAGCCUCCGGGAACACAUUUCCCACUGUCCCAGGCACUGGGGCCAGAACCGCACCCUCCAGGCGAUGGGCGGUCCACGAUCCAGUCUAGAACGGGUCUCGCGCGGCGGCGAAGCAUUCCAUCCCAAAGCACCAGGGGCGCGGCCCGACCGUGGAGCGGAGGACGGAUCACGAUGGACUGGGAUGGGCCCAAAAGACGGACUCGCGAUGGACCAGGAAAGCAGGAGACCAAGAUACGAAAAAGGCCUGGAGCGGUGGACCACCCGAGAACCGGACGUGUUUACGGCGGCGGUCGACUGCCUUGGCCAUGUGUGUUGUUGGCUGUUAGUUGUUUGAAGGCUCGAGACGGGACGCUCUAGACUGUCCGGAUAAACCAAGUGCACCCGUCUUGCUCAGCACUUGUUAUCUCGAAGGCAGGGCCUGCAUUGGCGCGAAUUGGUCAUGGCCUG